AUGGGCGAAGACCACUCCAAUGCGAUUGGAACGCUGACAGGGACGUCUGGUGCCCUCAACGCGAAGUUGAAGCAGCAGCCGGCGGUGAACUGUGUUGAUGCACAUGUGUCAAUUAAUCCUCCGAAGAUGAGCCCAAAUGGGGAUAUUUAUGGAAUGCCUCUAGCUUUUGCAACAGGGCUUACGAGAUGUCAGCAGAAGGGGGUCUUUUAUUAG